AUGCUGAGCUUCGAAUUCCUUAUUUUCCUGUUGGUGGCGGUCGUCGGCCAGGUGACAUGCCAGACGUUGGUACGUGUGGAGAACCUCACGGCCGCCUUCCUUCAAGAUGUCUUGGAUGCACAGGAACAGCGGCGGCACUUCUGUAAGAUGGAGGCUGAAGUGAAUAGCACAAGGUGGCAACAGGCGCGGGAGAGCGAGCGGGAGAGUGAAGCCAACGGGCCUCGCGAGAUGCCGAUGCAGCCUCUCCCAUUUUCUAUCACUCUGCCUGGCGUCAACGCCACAGCGAUUCGACAAGAAAUCAUCAAGGAGUUCCUUUGGACUUGGUCACACUACAAAGAGAGGGCGCUGGGCUUUGACGAGCUCAAGCCACUCUCAGGAACGCCUAACAAGUAUAUGAACAUGAUGCUGAUGAUGGUGGAUUCACUCGACACUCUUUAUCUGAUGUCCGAGCUCGACGAAUUCAACGAGACAGCACUUUACAUAGAGAACAACUUGGACUUCGACAAAGCAACGACUUUCUCCUUCUUGUAAGGGUUUUGAAUGAGCGAGUGAGUGCGUUAUUUUCUGCUCACUGUCCACCCAGCGAAACUACAAUCCGCAUUCUGGGUGGCUUACUAUCAUGUGAGGGGACUUUUGCUGUGCAUGAUACAUAGAUAACGAUAACGAUACAGCUCUCUGUCUCUCUCUUGUGUGUGUGCGCGUGUGUGUGUGUGUGUGUGUGCAGCUGCAUCGUUGUCAGGAAGGCCGGGCCUUCUGGCCAAGGCCAUCGACAUCGGAGAGCGGCUGUACCGUGGCAUCGACGCGGCAUCGGGUUUUCCUUGUCGCCAGAUCAACUUGAGCACCAGCUCAUGCUCAGCCGAUUGCACUGUCAACCUUGCUGAGGUCGGCUCUUUUCAGCUAGAGUUCUUUGCCCUGUCGGACCUGACGGGCGAUCCCAAGUUCAAAGACGCGGCGAGGCGGGCGUACCUGCAAAUACGCAGGGCGGGAGGCAAGGACAAUUUGUUGCCGUAAUGGCUCAUUGUCGCACAGCCAUGCAACCAAACAUCUACUGUCUCUGUCUUGUUGACUGUAGAUUCAUGAACAUUCUCAACGUAGAAAAACCGGAGGGGGCAGGCGGAGAAGCAUCCAUGGGAGGCGGCGCUGACUCGUAAGGCGACAAUGCGAGUUGAGUAUGUGAGAAGACACCAACGCAUGGGAGUCGUGAUGGGACUGCUGAUGCAGGUACUACGAGUACAUACUCAAGUGGUACCUUCAAACGGGUAUGGAGGAGUACAGCACAGACUGGGAACUGGCGAUGGACGAGAUGUUCGAGCAACUUGUCAGGACGGACAAUUCGGGAGCCGUCACAGUAAGAUCGGCACAUGUUUUCCGCAUGUUUGUGCGUCUGUGUGUCUUUCUUUUUGGUCGUCACCUUCACACGCUUUCUAGGUUGUGGCUGCCCCAGGCGGCUUCAGCAAUCCUUCCAACCUGGAAAUGGUAUGCUGAUGCAAUGGCGGAAGUCAUUAUGUGCGUGGUAUUGUUCGCGGGAAUGUAGGAGCACUUGGCGUGUUUCACACCAGGCAUGAAAUCAAUGUGCUGAUGCGAGAUGUAGCCUUCAUUCAUUCAUUUUGGGCGGUUGGUUGUGCGCGCACCAGGCAUGGUCAUAUUGGGGCAAAGAGAGCUCGACAUGGCCAAGGCGAAAGAGAUACGAUGGAUGAAGCAGGCGGAGGCAAUAACCCAGGCCUGUAAGUCAUCGGUAACUGUAUCUCAUGUAUCCUACCCCCUCCCUCCCAUGAUAGGCUUCCUUCCCUACUACCGAAGUGCUACCGGCGUCGGGCGCGAGCGGUUUGUCUUUCGCUCUACUGAUCCCUCGGCGACAGUGGAGUUCGAUCCGAAUAGGGGCCACAGGCAAUAUCUGUUGCGACCAGAGGCAAUAGAGAGCGUCUAUUUGAUGUGGUAUUUCACUGGGGAGAUAAAGUACAGGUAUGCAUCAGCAUCAACGUGAAGUUCUACAGUGUGUCUCGUGACAUAUGGAGUGUUGCACCUGUAUUCUUUCUAGGAGAAUGGGGCGCCACAAUGUGGAAUGGAAUACGGGUGCGACACAAGAGGGGAGAGAUCGUUGUGGCAACAACAUCGCUCUUGCGUGUGUGUUGGCUCUCAGUCGUCGUGUCGUGGAAAAUUCGGAUACGCCGUCCUGCAGGUGCGGACACAUACUGAGCCAAUUCUCCGCCUUGAUGUGUCGCUCCUUUAUGGGUGUUAUACUGCAGGACACAAACGCCCCUGACUCGCAGAACGAUGCGACGGAGGUAAGAAAGACACCACGUGUUUGGUCUUCACUCGAGAUGCAUACAAACUGGUGGUCUUGACGGGAUGUCGCUUGCCUGCCUGCUUAGUCCUUCUUCAUGGCGGAGACACUUAAAUACCUCUACUUGCUCUUCUCUGACCGAAAGACGCUCGAUCUUAGCAAAUGGGUAAGAACAGAACGGGCUCGAACCCGGCAAAUGCUGCCUUGACUGUUCACCAGGUUCUGAACACGGAGGCUCAUCCACUGAUCCGACGCAACCGGGUUUAG